UCGUUUCCCCCGAACUGCGGCUGGGCUGAUGUAAAGUUGCGUUUUCUGCAGCUGAAUCAGAGUGCAAUAGACACCACCUAGGGUAGAAGAUUUUUUUGUAUAAAUAUUAUUUAGCUUCCACUUCUCAGCGGACUGUCGUAACGCCUGGUCUGACAUGGCGACGGAGAUAACGAAAGGUGUGGAACAGGUCUCAGUGGGUGAACUGUACGUGUCGGACAAAUGUGGCAGUGACCAGGAUGGGGACGGCACACAGCAGAAACCCUUCAAAACUCCUCUCAAGGCUCUGAUGUUCGCCGGGAAGGAGCCGUUUCCAACCAUCUACGUAGAAUCCCAGAAGGAGGGAGAGCGCUGGGCCGUGAUCUCUAAGACGCAGAUGAAGAACGCAAAGAAGGCCUUUAACCGCGAGCAGAUGAAGUGCGAUACCAAAGAAAAGAAGGAGGCCGAGGACACCGACAGGAGAGAGAAGAAUUUGGAAGAAGCCAAGAAGAUAAUCAUCGAGAACAACCCCAGCCUGCCUAAGCCUGAAACGGUUAAAAUCCAUCAUCUGGAGACCAGAAGAGGGCAGAGAGUCAAAGUGUUUGGAUGGGUUCAUCGCCUCAGGAGACAGGGGAAGAACCUGAUGUUCCUCGUGCUGAGAGACGGAACUGGUUUCCUCCAGUGUAUCCUGUCUGAUCUACUGUGCCAGUGCUACAACGGCUUGGUGUUGUCCACAGAGAGUACAGUAGCUCUGUACGGGACUGUCACUCCUGUUCCUGAGGGGAAACAGGCGCCCGGAGGCCACGAGCUGCACUGUGACUUCUGGGAGCUGGUUGGCUUAGCUCCAGCAGGCGGGGCAGAUAACCUGCUGAAUGAGGAGUCGGAUGUGGACGUCCAGCUGAACAACCGACACAUGCUGAUCAGAGGAGAGAACGUCUCCAAGGUCCUCCGAGUCCGAUCCACCGUCACACAGUGCUUCAGGGACCACUUCUUCAGCCGCGGAUACUACGAGAUCACUCCUCCUACCCUGGUGCAGACUCAGGUGGAGGGCGGCUCCACGCUUUUUAACCUCAACUACUUUGGCGAGCAGGCGUACCUGACGCAGUCCUCUCAGCUCUACCUGGAGACCUGCAUACCUGCCCUGGGCGACACCUUUUGCAUUGCCCAGUCGUACCGGGCCGAGCAGUCCCGCACCCGCAGACACCUGUCCGAGUACACUCACAUCGAGGCCGAGUGUCCCUUCAUGACGUUUGAUGAUCUGCUGAACAGACUGGAGGAUCUGGUGUGUGACGUGGUGGACCGAGUGCUCAAAUCCCCCGCCGCACCGCUGCUCUACGACAUCAACCCUAACUUCAAACCCCCCAAGAGGCCAUUCAAGAGGAUGAACUACACUGAAGCCAUCGAGUGGCUCAGAGAGCACGACGUCAAGAAGGACGACGGCUCCUACUACGAGUUCGGAGAGGACAUCCCCGAGGCUCCAGAGAGGUUGAUGACAGACGCCAUCAACGAGACCAUCCUGCUUUGUCGUUUCCCGGCUGAGAUCAAAUCCUUCUACAUGCAGCGCUGUCCUGAGGACAAACGCCUCACUGAGUCGGUCGACCUGUUGAUGCCAAAUGUUGGCGAGAUCGUCGGAGGCUCGAUGCGUAUCUGGGACUCUGAGGAGCUGCUGGAGGGAUACAAGAGGGAGGGAAUUGACCCGACCCCGUACUACUGGUACACUGACCAGAGGAAGUACGGCACGUGUCCUCACGGCGGUUAUGGCCUGGGUCUGGAGCGUUUCCUCACUUGGCUGCUGAACAGACAUCACAUCAGAGACGUCUGCCUGUACCCCCGAUUCAUCCAGCGCUGCCGACCCUGAACACACACACAC